AGAGAGAGAAGAGUCUCUGCCAUGUCCGACCGGACCGCGAGAUUCCACAACCGAUAGAAGACAACGAGUGGGACACGCUCGUUCUCUCUCUCUCUCUCUGUCCCCGCGAUUGCAUCUGACAUCCGCUGCACAUACCCAUCGAGUCUCGAACAGUCGCACUCGCAUUCCAUAUACCCCCGUUCGAUCUUCUCGACGUUCAUCGGCUUCUGGAUCUCCCGUCCAUCUCCGCCGCCGGCGCUUCCGCUCCGAAAAGUAAAGGGCAUUGCAGGAGAAUGGCUGGGGAGGAGAGGUGGUGCGUGGUGACCGGUGGGAGAGGCUUCGCGGCGCGGCAUUUGGUGGAGAUGGUGAUCAAGUACGAGAUGUUUUCGGUCCGCGUCGCUGAUUUGGGGUCGAAGAUCGAGCUCGAGCAGUCCGAAGAGAACGGGACCCUCGGGGAGGCUUUGAGGUCUGGCCGCGCUCAAUACGUGUCCGUCGAUCUCCGAGACAAGGCCCAAGUGCUUAAAGCAUUUGAAGGAGCUGAGGUGGUAUACCACAUGGCUGCUCCUAAUUCAUCCAUCAAUAACCAGCAGCUCCAUUAUUCAGUCAAUGUGCAAGGAACGAAGAAUGUGAUUGACGCAUGUGUCGAGCUGAAAGUAAAGAGACUUAUUUAUACUAGCUCCCCCAGUGUUGUGUUUGAUGGAGUCCAUGGAAUACUCAACGGGGAUGAAUCGCUGCCUUAUCCACCAAAGCACAAUGAUUCAUAUUCAGCGACUAAAGCUGAAGGAGAAGCCUUGGUGAUUAAGUCGAAUGGUAGGGAUGGGCUCCUGACGUGCUGCAUACGUCCUAGCAGCAUUUUCGGUCCUGGUGAUAAGUUGUUGGUUCCAUCUUUAGUGGAUGCUGCUAGAGUGGGAAAAUUAAAGUUCAUUAUAGGUGAUGGCAACAAUCUAUACGACUUCACUUAUGUUGAAAAUGUAGCUCAUGCCCAUAUAUGUGCUGAAAGAGCUCUAGCAUCAGGAGGUGAUGUAUCAGAAAAGGCUUCAGGGCAGGCGUAUUUUAUAACUAAUAAGGAGCCAAUCAAGUUUUGGGAGUUUGUCUCAUUAAUUCUUGAAGGUCUUGGCUAUGAAAGGCCACGGAUAAAGAUUCCUGCUGCUGCUAUAAUGCCGAUUGCACAUAUGGUGGAGUUAACUUAUAGACUUUUGGGCCAGUAUGGGAUGCCGAUUCCACAGUUUACACCUUCGCGCAUUAGACUCCUCUCUUGCAGCAGAUCAUUUAACUGUUUGAAAGCAAAGGAUCGACUUGGCUACACACCCAUUGUACCUCUUCAGGAGGGUAUAAGGCGAACUAUAGAGUCAUAUGCACACCUCAGGGCUGCCAAUCAGCCUAGAAGAGAAGGGCCAUCUAAAGCAUCCAUAUAUCUUGGAAAUGGAAGGGUUGCUGACACAUUGCUCUGGAAGGACAAGAAAAUGACAUUAACCACACUAGUAGUUUUGGCUGCAAUCUACUACAACUUUAUUGCUUCGGGGUCAACUAUCAUCACUGCUCUUUCGAAGUUUCUUCUCGUGGCAUCCAUAUUCUUGUUUGUUCAUGGCAUCUUACCAACAAAGAUAUUGGGAUUAAAGAUCGAGAAAAUCUCCCCAUCAAGUUUUUAUAUAUCAGAAGAGAAAUCUCAAAGUUUUGCUUUGUCAGUGGCCUCAUCAUGGAAUGAUGCUGUAAAAAUUAUGGCAACCCUCUCCAUGGGUAAUGAUUGGAUACUUUUUCUUAAGGUCAUCGGUGUGCUUCUUAUUGUUAGCAUCAUUGGAGCCAUCCCUGUGCAGAGUUUAUUUGCGAUAGGGGUUCCUGUCGGCUUCAUAGCUUUCUUGGUGUAUGAGAAGAAGGAACAAGAAAUCGAUGCAAUAGUCUUGGAAGCUCUCUCAUUUGGAUGCAAAUUUAAGUCCCGCAUUCCUGCAAAAUUCCUAAAUACUAAGAAGAAUGAUUGAUAGAAGUUAAAUGCAAGUGUUGGCAUUUGGUAUUGCUCUUCUUCUGGCGUGCCUGUCCUUCUGUAACAGAAUGGUUAAAACUCCGUCUCCCACUAAAGGCACAGGUGCGAUAGGAUAUUUGGCCGUUCUUUCCGAACCACUGCCCUAGAACGGGAGAGACGGGAAAAUUUAUUGGAUUCAUUUUUUUUUCCUGGUCUCUUGCAGUUUGUGUUAUCAAAACAACACAUUUUUGGUUCUCUGGGGAUAUGUGCUUGAUUAUUGAUUGCACGACGAAUGUACUAUGGCUCUGGUUUGAGAUCAAGCUUUCUUAUUUUGUUUGUAA